AACACGGGGUUUCGCAACGACCUGUUGAGGUGUCCUUCUGCCUCGUGUGUUUUGGGAGCGUGCGCCCCACCCGCGAUCCAAGCCGAUGACGCAGAUGCCCUACUUUCCUCUUCGCCCCCGAGACCUUCUGGACGUCCACCGAGGCCCACCCAGCAAAGGAAAUGGGAUUUCUUUCACACUCCACUUGCCGGAUGACUUGGUAGCCCAGCUCUCCCGUCUCCCAGCCGGCAAACUAUCAGCUCCACCACCGGCGUCGUCUCACGAGAAUGCCUGGCCGCCUCUCGAUGGUGCGUGCACCAGCUGGACCGGAAUUGCAGAAUCUGCGAUAAGUUCAUCCCAUUUCAGUGGAAUUCGAGCUAGAAGCCAACCGAUGGCAGUUGGAUAGCCGAGACAAGCUCGUUGUCGACGCAAGAGAGGAGGUCAGUGACGACGGAUCCCCUGAAGGUUGAUUUUUUUCGUGUCUGCAUAUUGCAGUUCUCGAGAAGUCUUGACGUGUUGGAACGGUGUGAGGCACAGUGUCGCCGACACAAGCAAAAUCGAGAUGAAUGGUCUGCUGUGCUACGCAAGGGCGGAAACACAGAUGCCAAGUGUGGCUUGUUUGUCGCUGCAAUAUGGAGUUUAUAUCCUCUUCUUGACGCAUUGGAGAAGAUGGCACAAUCGUCUGAUGCCUCGAAGCCUCCAAACGGUCGAGUGUCUCAGGGGAAUGAGCGACUGGAAGCCAUCCUACAGGCGCUUGAGAGUGCACAGGGUCGAGAUACAACGAGAGACACGCAGCGAAAACAUGAUGUCGAUCAGAGGUAUUCAGAUUAUAAAUGAGUCAUGACGAGAGCAACUUUGUUCUUGCUUUCCUCAGCCAUCGGGCAUGGACGGCUCCACACACGCCCACGCCCACGCGUCAGGUCAAGCAUACCAACAGCCCGCCCAAUCGCAUCCGCGUCACAAUAUCGACAGGCCAUCACACGCCCAGUGAGCCCGCCAGCCCGCAGCGACACGAGGCUGGACAGCGAUUGUCGCCACCCCGCAAUAGGGUCAGGAGGUUGGCGUCGUUCGGAUCCAACGCCGCAGCGAGCAGGACAAGGUGGAUGUUUGUCUGUAUUUAUUUGUUGGUCUGCAGAUUCGACUGUGCGGGAAAAACAAAGGACCGCCGGCUCGUGCAUGACGAGUACACGGACUUUCAGUCCAUCUGAC